CCCAGAACAAACAGCGCCGUGUUUACUCUGCGCGCCGGCUAGCGGGAAAGCCGCCGGUAUAAGUGCGCGGCGGGCGCGCUGCCGGCAGUGCCGGAGGGGAAGAUGCCGCGGUGCGACACGGGCUCCGCGCCGCGGGACGGCGCCUGGGGACAGGUGAGCUCCGCUGCGGCGGCGAGCGGGGCGUACCCGAAGCGAGUGAAGGUGGUGGAGGUGGGACCCCGAGACGGGCUCCAGAACGAGAAGAAUGUCGUGCCCACCCCAGUGAAGAUCAAUUUAAUCAACAUGCUGUCAGAGACAGGGCUUCAGGUCAUAGAGGCCACCAGCUUCGUGUCCCCCAAGUGGGUUCCUCAGAUGGCUGAUCACACCGAGGUCAUGCAGGGGAUUAAUAAAUUACCUGGGAUCAGUUACCCUGUGCUGACUCCAAACCUGAAGGGAUUCCAGGCAGCGGUGGCAGCUGGGGCCAAAGAGGUGUCGAUCUUUGGGGCAGCAUCUGAGCUGUUCACCAAGAAAAACAUCAACUGCUCCAUCGAGGAGAGCCUGGAGAGGUUUGACGAGGUCAUGAAGGCAGCAAGGGAAGCCAACAUUCCUGUCAGGGGAUACGUUUCCUGUGUCCUUGGAUGUCCCUAUGAAGGCAAGAUUUCUGCAGCUAAAGUUGCAGAGGUCUCCAAGAAGAUGUACUCCAUGGGGUGCUACGAGAUCUCCCUGGGGGACACCAUCGGCGUGGGCACCCCGGGCAGCAUGAAGGAGAUGCUGACAGUGGUGAUGAAGGAGGUGCCCGUGGGGGCUCUGGCUGUGCACUGCCACGACACCUACGGACAGGCUCUGGCCAACAUCCUGGUGGCUCUCCAGAUGGGGGUGAGCGUGGUGGACGCUUCCGUGGCUGGACUUGGGGGGUGUCCCUAUGCCCAGGGAGCCUCUGGGAACGUGGCCACAGAGGACUUGGUGUACAUGCUCAAUGGGCUGGGCAUCCACACGGGAGUGGAUCUCCAGAAGCUGAUGGACACAGGCACCUUCAUCUGCAAUGCCCUGAACAGAAAAACCAAUUCCAAGGUGUCUCAGGCCUCCUGCAGACUGUGACACUGAGUGGAAUUUCUCCUUGGAUCAAGAAGAAACCGAGGCUCCAGCAGUGUCCAGGAUUCCUCUGUAAUCUCCUGACCUCAGCAUUUGAGAGGCAGCUCAAAAUCCACCAGAAUUAUGAAGAAAUGAGAGAAUAUUCUAUUCCACUGUAUUAUAUUGGACCUCGAGGAUGUCCCCAUGUGCCUUAGAGAAGGGAGGAUGUGGAGGGGCUGAGGAAAGCUCUGAGCAGCCCCAAAGCCUGCAGAGCCAAGGACAACCCACGGCUUGUGCAGUUGGAGCUCUGCUCCAGGUCAGGCUUUGCUCUUCCUCCCUUCCCUCCCAGCACAGCCCUCCAAAGGCUGAGCCCAAAGGGACUGUGGUACUGCUCUGUGUAUCUGUUGUAAGAUACCUCCAGGAGUAAUAAACACAUUGUUUAAUAGUCUGAA